UUCAUGAAUGUUCAUGGCCUUUCAUGAUCUUUCAUGAUCUUUCAAGACAUUGUUUAAAUCAUGAAUUUUUAUUAUCUUUUACAAUUUUUGAUGACUAUGGAUGACCUUGAAUUACCUUGAAUGGCCUGGAAUGAUCUGCAAUGAUAUGCAAUGACCUACAAUGACCUGUAAUGACCUGUAAUGACCUGGAAUGACCUGGAACGACUUAAAAUGAUCUGUAUUGAUCUGCAAUGACCUGUAACGACCUGUAAUGACAUGGAAUGGCCUGAAACGACCUGUAAUAACCUGUAAUGAUCUGCAAUGACCUGAAAUGACCUGUAAUGACCUGCAAUGACCUGUUAUGACCUUAAAUGACCUGUAACGACCUGCAAUGACCUGCAAUAACCUGGAAUGACCCUUGUGCACUCUAGACUCAGGUAGUUCCCUGGAAGCUGUGGAGUAUAGUCGCCUGCUUGGUUGGAGUAGAUGCUCUUUUCCUUUCUAUCUGGCAGAUAGUGGAUCCACAAAACAAGCAGAUACACAAGUUUGACACCUACGACUCCCAGAAUAGCGGCGAGGAUGUGAAAUAUGAACCUCAAGUCUGGGUUUGCAGAUCUGAUUAUCAUAAUAUAUGGCUAGGGAUCACUUACGCAUAUAAGGGACUCCUCAUGAUACUUGGACUCUUCCUGGCUUAUGAAACAAGGAGUGUAAAGGUGAAGCAGAUUAAUGACAGCCGACUGGUCGGGAUGUCGAUCUACAAUGUCGCUGUCCUCUGUAUUAUAACGGCCCCCGUCACUCUUGCUAUCGCUGACAAACCGAACUCGACCUUUGCAUUCGUGGCUCUCGCCAACGUCUUCUGCUGCUAUCUGUCAAUGGCUCUGGUUUUUGUUCCAAAGAUACUGUUCAUUAUCCGGCAUCCUGGACACGAUCCUAGGGAGAGGGAAGACGAGGAUGAAAAGAAAAAGGUUGAGCAAGAGAACAAGCUGAAGUUGAUCCUGAAGGAGAACGAGGACCUACAGAAGGAUAUUGCUGAUAAGGAUUAUAAGAUCGGGUUGUUGCGGAAGCACCUGACGAUGAGGAUGGAGGAGGCAGAGAGGGAGGCCAAGGAGAAAAUGGCCAGGAACGGGAGCUGUAGGCUCAGGGGUAACUCAGAUCUAUCCAGACAAGAGUCCCUUAGGGGCAUCACAGUACUCAGGGGUCAAGUGCCCGGUCUAGGGACUACAGCAGAAUCAUAUUUGUAAAUUUGUCCCUUUCUUUGAUAUUUCUUUAAAUAUUUAUAGAUGUUAUAAUUUAUACGUAAUAUCCUCACAGGGUUACCCACUAAUGAAGGACAUUAAAGACGACUUUACAGAUGCAAGAUGCUAUUCUUUGCUAUACAUCAGUUAAAAGUAUCUAAGAUGUUUUUUAUUACAAUGCGGAUAAUCCUGUUUUAAAAAAAUAAACUGUACCCAACCACAAAUAUUUAAAAAUUGAAUAUUUGAAAUCAUGCCAAAAUUUAUAUCUGUCGUUGAAAAAUGUAUUGGUUUAAAAAAAUCACUAAUUAUUAUUGUUGUUGAAGUUGCACAAAAGAUAAGAAUAAACUCCCAGACCCGAAAAACUUUUACGUAAAAAAUGACCUCAAGAAAGUUUGAAAAGUUGAUGGCUAGUUCCCUAAAAAAACGAAACCAAACCAAACAAAUAAUGUCAUUAUUUAUUAACCCUAUCCAUUCCGUUCACUCAUUCCUUUCCUUCCCUUACCUUACCUUCCUUCUCCCUCUCCUUACCUUCCUUCUCCCCCUCCUUACCUUCCUUCACCCCCUCCUUUCCUUCCUUCACCCCCUCCUUACCGUACUUCUUCCCUCCCAUCUUCCCCUUCUACUCCCCACAUACUCCUAAAUUUUGCACAAAUGCAUUUUAAUUAUUUUUUAAUUAUAAACCAAAAUUAUAAAUUAAUUGUUCUUUAAACGUUUUGUUAACAUAAGUUAUUCCGAAACAAAAAUUCAAUUUCUUUAUCAACCUGUAAUAUAAAACUAUUUAAUUUAUAUCUUUGUAACCCGUAAAUAUAUGUUAUUUUGUUUCUUGA